AUGGCCCAACGCGUCACCCUCCGUCGUCGCAACCCGUACAACACCAAGUCGAACCGUCGUCGUGUUGUCAAGACGCCCGGUGGCAAGCUCCGUUACCUUCACAUCAAGAAGUUGCCUACCGCCCCCAAGUGCGGUGACUGCCACAUCGCCCUCCCCGGCGUCAAGGCUCUCCGCCCCAGGGAGUACGCUACCGUCUCAAAGAGGGAGAAGUCCGUCCAGAGGGCUUACGGUGGAUCUCGUUGUGGACAAUGCCUCAGGACCCGCAUCAUCAGGGCUUUCCUCGUUGAGGAGGCCAAGAUCGUCAAGCAGGUCAUGAAGGCU